GCGCACACAGCAGAACGCAGAACCCCUACUCUCAGCUUGGCGCGCGCGCUCCGGCCGGCGUCGACCAGAGGAUGGAAGCGGCUCAAGUGGGGCCACCCGCCUCCAUGGACGUGGACAAGCUCACCUACGAGAUCUUCUCCAUCCUCGAGAGCAAGUUCCUGUUCGGCUACGACGACCCCAACCUUCUCUUCGCCGGUGGCUCGCCUCUCACACCGGCGUCCGCGGCGGUGGUCGGGAAGGCGACGCCCCCGCGGGCGCAGGCCGGGAAGGUGUGCAUCUUGUCGAUAGACGGCGGUGGGCGCGCCGCCGACGGGCUGCUCGCCGGCGCGGCGCUGGUGAGGCUGGAGGCGUCGCUGAGGCGGCGCACUGGGGACCCCAAGGCGCGUCUGGCGGACUUCUUCGACGUGGCCGCGGGCUCUGGCUCCGGCGGCGUGCUGGCGGCCAUGCUGGUGGCGCGCGGCAAGGACGACGCUCGGCCGCUCUACUCCGCCGAGGACGCGCUCGCGUUCCUCGUGCGCAGCCUCCGCCGCGGCUGGUCCUCCUCGUCCGGGAGCCUCCGCGCGCUACUCCGGCGCCCGGCCGGCGGCGCCGCGUUCCGCAAAGUGUUCGGCGAGCUCACGCUCCGGGACACGGCGCGGCCGGUGCUCGUCCCGUGCUACGACCUGGCCACGGGGGCCCCGUUCCUCUUCUCCCGAGCCGACGCCGUCGAGACGCCGGCGUACGACUUCCGCCUGCGCGACGUGUGCGCCGCCACGUGUGCCGGGUCGGGCCGCUCGUCAUCUGCGGUGGAGGUGCGGUCGUGCGACGGGUCUACCCGCAUCGUGGCCGUGGGCGGCGGCGUGGCGCUCGGCAACCCCACGGCGGCGGCCAUCACGCACGUGCUCAACAACAAGCGCGAGUUCCCGCUGGCCUCCGGCGUGGAGAACCUGCUGGUCAUCUCCAUCGGCAGCGGCGAGGGCGCCUCGACUUCCGACAUCGUCAGGAUCGCCGCCGAGGGCGUGUCCGACAUGGUGGAUCAAGCAGUGGCCAUGGCGUUCGGACAUAGCCGGACAAGCAACUACACCCGCAUCCAGGCGAUCGGGUCGCCGCGGGGGAGCCGAUGCGCGGUGGCGGCGGAGGAGAUGCUGUCGCAGAAGAACAUGGAGUCGGUGCUGUUCCGCGGGAAGAAGCUGGCGGAGCAGACCAACGCCGAGAAGCUGGAACAGUUCGCGCACGAGCUCGUCAAGGAGCGCAACCGCCGCGAAAUCACAACUUGUGCAAAACAGUCUUAGAUUUGUAUACUUUUAUUUAUGAAGAAAUAUAAUGGAUUCACAUCAUAGGGCCACUGAUAAUUUAAAACAGCGUCA